AUGGGGCUCUACAUACAUGUGCCCUUCUGCAAGACCAAGUGCCCCUACUGCGACUUCAACACCUACCAGGGCAUCGAGGGGCAGAUGGGCGGCUACCUUGAGGCGGUAACCACCGAGUUGCGCCUCUGGGGCGAUGCGCUGGAACAUCCCCAGGUGCGGACAGUCUUCUUCGGCGGCGGCACGCCCUCCUACCUGCCGGACGGGGACAUCGCCGCGAUCUUGGGCGCAGCUUCCGACGCCUUCCGUAUCGACGCAGGGGCGGAGAUAACCAUCGAGGCCAACCCGGGAGACCUGGAUGACGCCGCCUGCCGGGGCCUGCGGCGCCAAGGCGUGAACCGGCUGAGCAUCGGAGUUCAGAGCCUCGACAACGGCCUGCUGCAGUUGCUGGGUCGGCGACACACCGCCGACGGAGCAAUCGCCGCCUUCCAGACCGCAAGGCAAGCCGGAUUCGACAACGUCAACCUCGACCUGAUGUACGGCCUUCCCAACCAGGACCUGGGCCAGUGGCAGGACGCGAUUACAGGGCUGGUCGCCCUGGCGCCGGAGCACAUCUCCCUGUACGCGCUGACGCUGGAGGAAGGUACGCCCAUGCAGCUGUGGGCGGACCAGGGCAAAAUACCCGUCCAGGAUCCGGACAUGGCCGCCGAUAUGUACGCGAUGGCUCGCGAUGUAUUGGCUGCGGCAGGCUACCACCACUACGAGAUCUCCAACUGGGCCAAACCCGGCCUCCAGUCGCAGCAUAACCUCAUCUACUGGCGCAACGAGCCAUACCUGGGCGUGGGGCCCGGGGCGCACUCCCGGCUGGGAGAGUACCGGUUCUGGACGGUGCUGGCGCCUCGGGACUAUGCGAGCAGGGCGGAGGAAUGGUCGCAGGCCCUCUCGUCAGUGUGGGCGUCGUUCGGCGAGGGUGAGCUGUGCCGGUCGCGCACAGUGGAUGGCUGGGAGCACAUCGACACCGAAACGUCGUGCGCCGAGACCAUGUUCCUUGGGCUCCGGCUGCUGGACGGGAUGAACCUGACCGCCUCGUCGGCAGCGGUGGGGCGGGACCUAGCCACCCGGUACGAGGCAGAGAUCCGGGAACUCCUUGCGAUGGGGUUGCUGCUGCGGGAGGGAGACAUGAUUCGCCUCGACCCGUCGGCAUAUCUGAUCGCGAACCAGGUGUUCACGCGGUUUCUGUGA